AUGCCGACGUCGAAAAAGCUUAAAUUUCAACCAUUGUGUAUGGGGUAUAAAGAGUGUCCAUGUCUCUGCUCAAGUGGCGUACUCUUGAGAUACCGUCUUAGUUUACCUAAAAUCCACUCUCUUUAUUACAGAGUCCAGUCAUCCCAUUUCAGCAUGUAUCGCCCAAUUCUCGUUCUUCUUAGUGCGGCGGCCCUGUUCCAGCUUAGCCUUGCCAGUCCCAUCGCCGAAAAUGUAGAGCGAGGCACUGGGUGCAUUUGCAACACUGGAUAUGUCCCAGUUUGUGCAGGUGGACGGACAUACAGCAACAAGUGCAUGGCGGACUGUUCAGGAAUUACAAACGCCUCACCGGGGGCAUGUGGUGCGGGCCGGAGUUAA